AUGUUCUAUGAAAAUCCAAAUUAUCAUUUGGAUCCGGCUCGUUUAGACGAUGCACUCAAUUCAAAUUUGGUACCCAACGUUGAAGAUGAUUUAUACGAGGAAAUAAUUAACGAAUUGGAUGCCGUUUGUAAUUUACCAAAUCGUGGUCGUCCAGGUUCCGGAUGUGAGGGUAGAAAAUCUUAUGCUUCUUUGGAUGUGACUUCGAUGGGGGUCGAUGUCAACACGGGUCCCGUCACUAAUUUGGAUUCUAAUAAAAUUGAAUGCAACAACAGAAGUUUUGAUUCUGUAAAAGAUACAAGUUUAGACAAUUCUUUCAACUAUAACAACCUGAACAUGGGAAGGCGUCCAAAUGAUUUAAAUGCCAUCGUGAGAACCAAACCGGAUUUGAUAGAAGAUGCAGAAUACAGACGUAAUAAAGACAUUUCACAGAUAAAUAGCCUCCAAAAUUCUAAAAUUGACCUCGAGGAUGUUUCUAAUUUACAUAAUCAAUUAACCGAUGAUUUGUUUGCCGUGCCUGUCAAAAGAGCUUCACAAUCACCUACGACGGAUACUCAGGAUACUCCAGACAAAGAUAGAUUACCUCCAGGAUGGGAAAAACACGAAGAUAAUGACGGUCCAUAUUAUUGGCAUAUCAAAUCGGGAACGAUACAAAGAGAACCACCCGAAGAAUGUAAAGAAAUCAGUACAAUCGUUCAACAGUUUUUAAAAGACACGGAAGAUUUAAAUUCUUCGACGGUAAUCAAUUGCGUAACUAGAAGUAACACGAGUUCGGCUCUCGAAUCCAUAAAUAAAAAAGAAGAUUUAGCUUAUAAGAGAAGAAGUUAUCCGGCGAGAGUCGAAAGUAGCGAUUCUAAACAAAAACCCAUAAGAUUCGCUGUUAGAUCUUUAGGUUGGGUGGAAAUUGCAGAAGAAGAUUUAACACCGGAAAGAUCCUCGAAAGCCGUUAAUAAAUGCAUUGUCGAUUUGUCAUUGGGUCGAAAUGAUCUUUUGGAUGUUGUCGGACGUUGGGGAGAUGGAAAAGAUUUGUUUAUGGAUUUAGAUGAAGGUUCAUUAAAAUUAAUGGAUCCGGAAAAGCUCACCGUAUUAAAUAGUCAACCCAUUCAUACGAUAAGAGUUUGGGGUGUUGGAAGAGACAACGGAAGGGAUUUUGCAUACGUUGCACGAGACAAAGUAACCAGAAGACACAUGUGUCACGUGUUCAGGUGUGAUAUAUCGGCUAGAACGAUUGCAAACACCCUACGAGACAUAUGCAAAAAAAUUAUGAUCGAAAGAAGUUUGCAACAAAAUCUUGCAAAACCCGUCGACAUAAAUAACUGCGGAAGGCAAGGAUUGGCUGUAAGACCUACAAAUUUACCGACGGAAAAUCGAAGACAUCAAAGAAAUGGAGGAGGAUUAUCAUUAGGCCAUCAAUCUUUUCCAACGCCGAUGGAAGAACCUAAAAAAAUAUUAAAAGCUCAGUACCUAGGUAGUUGUCAGGUUAAUAAAGCAACGGGAAUGGACAUAUUAAACGAAGCCAUCGAUCAAUUAUCUCACACACCUGAGGAUACCUGGAUUAAUGUCAGCAUAGCCGUAGCUCCUAGCAUGAUCUCAAUUUCACCCUGCGGGGAUGAAAAUAGUGUAAUUAGCGAAUGUCGUGUGAGAUACCUAUCAUUUUUGGGCAUCGGUCAAAAUGUAAAACUUUGCGGUUUUAUCAUGCACACCGCUCAGGAUCUUUUUAUAGCUCACGUUUUUCAUUGUGAACCUUCUUCGGGAGCUCUUUGCAAAACAAUUGAAGCCGCUUGCAAGCUGAGGUAUCAAAAAUGUUUGGAUGCUCAUCCUCAAGGGAUUCCCCGAAGUCAAUCGGGUUCUCAAACGCCGGGGAAAAGCAUCGGUGCUGCCCUUAAAUCAUUUGUUGGUUCACUAACGGGAAGAAAAGCUAGGGGUGGGUCCGAGUCGUCCUGA